UUAAUUUUAAAAAAUAAUAAAUUGAACAAUUAUUAUACUUACCCCAUCGAAAUAGUAAAUCCCUAUCAUCAAAAUUUCCUCGAUUAUCCCUUAGGAAUUCUUUCGGCUACUUUAGAUAACCUUACGAUGUCGUCAGGGAAAGACUUUAAUUUUUUUAUUGUUUCUUUUGAAGCUGACUAAGGCCUUCGAACUCGAAUGUCCGGAAUGCAAGCGUCUCUUGUAGUAAGAGAUAUUCUUUUCUAUGACUCCAAAGACAAAAAGCUGCCAUUAGAAUGUUCGUGUGGAACAUGUCUGCCUACAAUACUUCAGUCCCUUAAUACCGAGAAGCUUUUAUGCGUUCGUAGAACUCGAGAUAUUACAGCGAUUGUCUUACCGAAGAGUUACAUAAACAACCCAUUACAUUAUGAAAUGAAUCGCUCAUAUUCAGCAUUGAUACCGUAUUUUAACAUUUGGAUGCAUGAAUUUGAAAUAAACGAAAAAUAUAUCUUACUUUGAUUGAUUGGGGAUAGUGUCAGGUAGAGGGCUACUGGGAGUAAUUGUGUCCCCAAGUCUUGUAAAAGAUGUGCCUCGGCCCUCGAUGUGUGAUAUUGGAAUCUUAUUACAGUGGUUCGCCUAGAGUAAAAUAAAAUAAGUACCUAUAUUUGCAUAAUGAACUACCAUAAUGCACAUUUGAUUAAGAAAUUUUCCUCAUCAUCGUACAGUUAACGAUAAAUCAAUGAGCUGCCAUAGUUUUCCCUUUCAACAUAAGUUCUUCAAAGGGCGUGAAAGAUUCGUUCAAUUCAAUUUAAAUUACCAUCACAAAGUUACAUGCAAUUUGGCAUGCGACAUAACUGUAAUGCAAGUACCUAAUAAUAUGAGGAACCUAAUCAGUUCAACCAAUUUUUAUGGUCAUCGCAAUCCUCGUCCUUGUACCGACGUCACUGUGCCGUGCCAGUGACCUACUGGAAAUAACCAUAUCACGUAAUAUGGGAAGUGAGGCUAAUUAUAUAAUAGUAUAUGACGCUUUGACGAUAACAGCCAUCCUAUAACUAUCAAACAAAUCCAACCAGUGCAAAUGCGCUGAUCACGUCUUACCUACGUCAGUUUAAUAACGGAUGUUAAUCCACUAAUAGUACCUAUACAGGAAUCUUACCACAACCCAAAUAUAACAUAGGUAAGGUACCUAACUAACCUACCUACGUAACAUUGUGAUUAUCAUAAUCAUCUGCAGCCCUCCGUGACCGUUGGGAGGUCGAAUUGAGGAAAAUUUCCAAUUUUAAUCUUAACUGGUAUUAAAAAUGCGAAAGUAAGUUUGUUGGUUGUUACCUCUCCACGCUCUAUCUAUAUAUAAAUUUUGCAUACAUGUAGUUUGAAGUAUGGAGAAGGUCAUAGUGUACUUUCAUCUCGGAAAAAUAACUGUGUUUCCCGUGGGAAAAACACGCAGGCGAAGCCGCGGGAAAAAGCUAGUAUUUUCCUUUAUCGUGCAGUUAGUUAUAUAGGUAAACCUUUUUUGUAAUGAGAUUGUACUCUUGCCGUCAUUCCCGGCUAUCUACCACAAUAACUAUUUUUUCUUUUUUGUUGAUUUAUGCUAUAAUAAAUAUAAUAUAAAGAUGUGUCUGAACCAUGGACUUAGUAGGUACUUCGUACAACACACAACACUACCUACUAAUUCCAUGGUCUGAACCUCCUAUAACCUUAAAAUAGCAAACAAACCAACCAGUUUCUUUGCUAUAUCUAAAAUUCUUGGUGAACCCAGUAAUUUAAGUUUUUGAGAGAAGACUCCUCUGUUCCUUAAAGUGUAGUGUAGCGUAGGCCUAGGAACAAAAAUAUUAUUUGUGUUAUUUAUUCAUGCAAAAUCUAGUGGACGAAUUGUUAUGAAAUUUGGUAUCUGCACACCCGUGUACUCACAAUAUAACCCGGAAUAACACGUAGGAUACUUUUUAUCCCGAAAUUCCAACGGGAGCGAAGCCGCGGGGCGCAAGUAGCAAUAUAAAUCUGUGCUGGCCAUGAAAGUAAAACUCUGAUGUGACUCUAUGUCGUACGGGUUAUCAACACUAUAACAAGGUCGCUGCUAUAUAAAUCAGACAUCACAGCCCAUAGUUAACGGGUUAAUUUAUAGAAUAGCCGUUUGUGUGUGCUGUUUUGCGUUGAUUAAAACUUUCCACUACUUAUAAUUAAGAUGCCUAUUCGUUGGGGAAUUGUGUGUGCCGCAAAAAUCUGCAAUGACUUCGUGAAUGCAGUGAACAGCUACCCCGACAAGGGUGAUCAGGUGAUAGCUGCCAUUGCUGCCAGCAACAGGCAGAGAGCUGCUGAAUUCGCAAAACUGCACAAAAUUCCUAAAGUGUUCGACACUUAUGAAGCAAUGGCUGCUAGCAAAGAUAUUGAUGUUGCUUAUAUCGGUUCUCUAAAUCCAGACCAUUACAGGCUAAGCAAAUUGUUCUUAGAAAAUGGCAAACAUGUCCUAUGCGAAAAGCCCUUGUGCCUGAAUUUCAAGCAAACUCAGAGCCUGAUAAGGCUAGCACAAAAACAGAAAUUGUUCUUGAUGGAAGCCGUUUGGUCUCGGUUCUCUCCCGUUUAUAUCGCGGCGGAGAAAGAUAUACAAGACGGGAAAUUGGGUGAAGUAAAAUUUUUGGAAGUCAACUAUGGAGUUCCUAUCAAAUCCGUCGAGAGGGUGAGCAAAAAAGAAUUUGGAGGCAGUGCGUUACUAGACAUCGGGAUAUACACAUUGCAGCUAUCCCAAUAUGUAUUCAAAGACGAGCCAGUAAGAGUAUCAGUUGUGGGGGAAUCCCUCAACGAAUCAGGUGUGGAUCUGAUGGAGACCAUUGUUCUGGACUACCCAGGCGGAAGGCGCGCUGUGCUGAAUGUAAAUGUUCACAUGCAACUAUGGAAUAAAGCUACCAUCUACGGCACCAAAGGAAGACUUACGAUAGAGGACCCGUUCCACUUCCCGACCGAACUGACUAGAGCAGACGGCAAGACUGUAAGUUUCCCACUGCACCGGUCACCUCUGCCGUACAACUUCGGCAACAGCGCUGGUUUGGUUUUCGAAGCCUUGGAAACUGUCAGAUGCAUUAAGAAUGGUCUGACAGAGUCACCAAGGAUGCCCCACAGAGACAGUCUGAUCUUGGCCAAGCUCGAAGAUGCCAUUCGACAGCAAACUGGAGUUCAUUUCGAUGCUGAUGACCAGGAAUUCCCAUAAAAGAAUUAAUUAUAAAUUUAUGAAAUACAAAUGGCAACGAUUAAAAAUAAAUAUGUAACUAGGAAUGCAAUUA